GUUGUUAAAAGAGGAGCUUUGGGUAUGAGCUCCCACUUUGAAGAAUAUAUGACCAUGGGUUCGUUUACUGGGUUUUGAUCUUCUGUAUAUUUCUUCUGGAUCAAGCGGGCUGAUUCUUGGAGUAGACUACAUGUUUCCCAUUCCCCGCUAAUCUCUGAUUCGGAAAAGUGUAUAUAGAUCUUGUUUCAGCCCAGAGAUUCAAUGGCUGUGGAAUCAGUAAAUCAGUUCGAUCAAUGCAUCACUUGCCAUGCUUGGAGUCCUGACAGCUCCAUGAUUGCCCUGUGCCCAAACAACAGUGAAGUGCACAUAUUUAGACUUAUAGAAGAGAAAUGGGAGAAGUUUCAUAUUCUUCAAAAGCAUGAUCAAAUUGUUUCAGGGAUAGACUGGAGUAUGAGAUCCAACAAAAUAGUUACUGUCUCACAUGAUCGUAAUUCGUAUGUUUGGAACUUGGAAGCAACUGAAUGGGUGCCGACACUUGUUAUCCUCAGGCUAAAUCGUGCUGCUCUAUGUGUGCAGUGGAGCCCUCAAGAGAACAAGUUUGCAGUUGGAAGCGGGGCCAAAACUGUUUGCAUAUGUUACUAUGAGCAAGAGAAUAACUGGUGGGUCAGUAAGCUUAUCAGGAAAAGACACGACUCUUCUGUAACUAGUGUUGCCUGGCAUCCUAAUAAUAUUCUCCUUGCUACAACAUCUACUGAUGGAAAGUGCAGAGUAUUCUCUACUUUCAUUAAGGGUGUUGACACAAGGCAGUCAGUAGCAGGUUCUUAUUCAGAUUCAAAAUUUGGAGAGCAAAUCAUUCAGCUCGAUCUCUCAUUUUCCUGGGCAUUUGGUGUUAAAUGGUCUCCAAGUGGCAAAACAUUAGCUUAUGUAGGGCACAAUUCAAUGAUUUACUUUGUUGAUGAAAUUGGCCCCUCCCCUUCUGCACAAAGUGUAGCAUUCCGUGAUUUGCCUCUUCGCGAUGUGCUUUUUGUUUCGGAGCGGAUGGUCAUUGGAGUCGGAUUUGAUUGUAAUCCAAUGAUUUUUGUGUCAGAUGAAACAGGUCUAUGGAGCUUCUUGAGGUUCCUAGAUGAAAGGAAACCAACAUCUUCUAGCACAAAGUAUGGAUCUCAGUUUUCAGAAGCAUUUGGGUUAUUCUAUGGCCAAUCAAAACAUGGAGCAAACAGCAACUCGGUGGAGCCAUCACGAACUGCCCAUGAAAACUGCAUCAAUUGCAUUAUGCCGCUUGGGAGAUCUGGGGACUGUGCGGUAACCCAUUUUAGCACAUCAGGGCUGGAUGGUAAAGUAGUAACAUGGGAUUUGGAGAAGCAAGAAGAUUUAUCUGAAUACCUGUAAAGCCACUGAAAUGUCAUUUGUACCCUUUUUCUUUUUUAUUUUUUUUUUUCAAAUACAAAUCCUUUAGGUAUAUCUGAAAUAGAAUUUUGGCCCUCUUCUUCUCCUGAUUUUGAAAAGAGCACGUGUGUAUCUCUCUUGUACUGUCUUCUUGAAUGGAAAAUUCAGUCUUUUCAGCAGCAAAGUUCAAACAAUAUAAAUGUUUCAUUUUA